AUGGAAAAGAGCCAACGAGUUCAACCCAUUAAAGCCCUUGGGGAGGAGAUUGCUAGAAAAUGUAAGGGGGUUCCGCUUGCUAUAAGGACCAUAGGACGGAUGUUGUACUCCGAACAUCAAGAAACUAAAUGGUUGAAAUUCAAGAAGAACAAGCUUUCAACAAUAAGGCAAGAAGAAGAUGAUAUUUUACCAACACUUCAGCUGAGUUAUGAUGUUCUCCCAUCACAUUUGAAACAUUGUUUUGCUUAUUGUAGUUUGUUCCCGCCUGAUUAUGAGAUUCCCGUAGAGAAUUUAAUUAAGCUGUGGGUGGCACAAGGGUUCGUUAAGUCUUCUAAUGAGUGCUUGGAAGAUGUUGGUUAUGAAUAUUAUAACGAACUAGUUUGGAGAUCUUUUUUCCAAGAAGAAAAAGAUGAGUUUGGUAUAAUAAAAAGCUGUAAAAUGCAUGAUCUCAUGAAUGAACUUGCUGUUAAAGUGGCAGGGGAGGGAAGCAGAAUAAUACAUCGCAAUAAGACUGAUUUUGAUGCAAGACGUCUUCUUCAUGUAUCUUUCGAUUUUGAUGUUGAUUUGUCGAAAUGGAAAAUACCGACAUCCUUGCUGGAAUCAAAUAAGCUAAGGACUUUUCUUUUCCUAAGGCAAUCCAGGGGGUGGGAGAAAUAUCUUGAUCUUAGUGAAAAUCCCAUUCAGAGACUUCCAAAUUGGAUAGUCAAACUUCAAAAUUUGGAAACACUAGAUCUCAAAUGGUGUGACUCUCUUGUGGAAUUGCCUAGAGAUAUCAAGAAAUUGAUCAACUUGAGGCAUCUCGUUUUGGAACGUUGUGAUAACUUGGCUCAAAUUCCUCCUGGAUUGGGCCAAUUGACUCGUCUUCGUACUUUGAGUAUGUUUGUUUUGAGUGAAAAGAAAUCCAUGUCCAAGGACAGUGCAGGGCUCAGUGAGUUGGGGAAGCUGAAAGAUUUAAGAGGAAAGUUGGAGAUCAGAAAUUUGGGGUACAAGAAAGAUAUGGUGUCAGAAUUGAAUUAUGAUGGUGCAGUUUUGAAGGAGAAACGACAUCUCUAUUCGUUGACUUUACAUUGGAUGGGCAUCGAAAGAGAAAAUAGUGAUGCGGUUGAGGAGGAGAGUGAUGUAAUUAUUAAGUCAAUGGAAGCGCUGCAGCCCCAUCCAAGUCUAAAACAGUUAACCUUGGUGAACUAUAUGGGUGCGAGGGUUUGCGAGAAUUUGGAGCACAUAUCAGCAGAAGACAAGGUUAAGGACUUUGCCGGUGAUGAGAUGAUGAUGAUGUCAGCUGCUUCUCCAUCGACGACCUUCUUUCCCUCCUUAGAGAGUCUUUAUCUACAUGAUUGCCCUAAUCUCAAGGGAUGGUGGAGGAAUGAAACAGCUUCAGCUUCUUCAUUUCGUUGUCUUUCUACUUUAUCCAUACAGAGUUGUCCUAACCUAACUUCCAUGCCGCUGUACCCAAAUCUUGAUAGCCUGGGGUUCAAGAGCAGCAGCUGGAAGGUCCUUCCCUCCUCCUUUGUUCCCUCCUCCAAAUUAAAGUUUCUGUACAUUACAGCCGUUGAGGAUAUAGAAUAUGUGCCAGAAGAAGGGAUUGGAAACCUCACAUUACUCCAAGAGCUCUCAAUUAAAAAUUUCCCUAAUUUGGUAUCACUACCAGAUCAAGGGAUGGGUCGCCUCAUCUCUUUACAGAGACUGCAUAUUUCAGAUUGUCCUAAAUUGACAUCACUACCAGAAGGGAUCGGCAACCUCACAGUACUCCAGAAGCUCUCAAUUAUAGAUUGCCCUAAUUUGGUAUCACUACCAGAUCAAGGAUGGGUCGCCUCAUCUCUUUACAGAGACUCCUUUUUUCACGUUGUCCUAAUUUGA